AUAUGAGCUUCGUCACCGUUGGAUUCCAAGCUGGUUAUCGGAAUUUGAGUAAUCCCUUCACAUCCCCAUGAACGACGCUUGAAGAUGGUGGUUUCUUCUGCUGCGGAACUUUGAUUUCUACGGGGGGGGGGGGAUCAUGUUCGUAUAUACGUAUAUAUAAGUACAUAGAUACAUAUACACAUACUCGUCCACGUAUUGAUUCGGAGUCUGGGGGAGUAGAGAUGGAGAAGUACGAGGUUGUGAAGGAUUUGGGAGCUGGGAAUUUCGGUGUCGCCCGGCUUAUGCGACACAAGGAGACGAAGCAGCUCGUUGCGAUGAAAUACAUAGAGAGAGGUCGUAAGAUAGAUGAGAAUGUGGCAAGGGAGAUUAUUAAUCACCGGUCACUAAGGCACCCUAAUAUCAUCCGGUUCAAGGAGGUGGUGCUGACUCCAACUCAUCUGGCAAUUGUGAUGGAAUACGCUGCCGGAGGAGAACUCUUUGAUCGAAUCUGUAGUGCCGGUAGAUUCAGUGAACCCGAGGCUAGGUACUUCUUCCAGCAGCUGAUUUGCGGUGUUGACUACUGCCACUCAAUGCAAAUAUGCCAUAGAGAUCUGAAGCUUGAGAACACACUGCUUGAUGGAAGCCCUGCUCCCCUUUUGAAAAUCUGUGAUUUCGGAUACUCUAAGUCAUCUCUGCUACAUUCUAGACCCAAAUCAACGGUUGGAACUCCUGCAUAUAUAGCACCUGAAGUUCUUUCUCGGAAGGAAUAUGAUGGCAAGUUGGCGGAUGUGUGGUCUUGCGGAGUGACACUUUAUGUGAUGCUGGUGGGAGCGUAUCCGUUUGAGGAUCCGAAAGAUUCACGGAAUUUCAGGAAAACAAUCCAGCGAAUAAUGGCUGUACAGUACAAGAUUCCGGAUUACGUCCAUGUUUCUCAGGAUUGCAGACACCUUCUCUCUCGCAUAUUCGUUGCUAACCCGCUCAAGAGAAUCACGCUUAAAGAAAUCAAGAACCACCCUUGGUACUUGAAGAACUUGCCGAGGGAGCUGACAGAGUCGGCUCAAGCAGCUUAUUACAGGAGGGAUAAUUCGAGCUACUCUCUUCAGAGCAUAGAGGACAUAAUGAAGAUCGUCGGAGAAGCGAGAAAUCCAGCUCCGACGGGCUUUGGCUCGGGAUCCGAGGAGGAAGACGAGGAGGAGGCCGAGGUGGAAGAAGAGGAAGAAGAUGAAUACGGAAAGCAUGUCAAGGAGGCACAGUCUUUCCAGGAAACUCACAAAGCGUAAGCAGAAUCGUUUCAUCUCUGUAACUUUUAUUACACAAUUGAAUCCCACGUUUUUCUUGUGAUUUUGUUGUUGGACUUCUGUCUCUGAAAGAAAAUAGUUAAAUUAAUGCUUUCACGUUUUGUAACUAACAAACUUGCGUCUCCCUUGGUAUU